ACAUAUUAAUGUUUUACUCUUUGUCACUAUUAUAUAAUCGAAUUUAAAAGUUAAACAAACUAUUAUUUUCUUAAAUAACCAAUAUUUGCAGCGAGAGCUGGCUGUUUCCUCACAUGAGAUACUUGCUGCCAGAAGGGAUCACGCUGCACGUAAUCCAUUUCCUCUUCCUGAAGUGUCUUCGGACUCAGCUACAACGUCAAUUAAAGGUCAUCAAGAUAGUAAUAUAUGUGGAAGUGAAGCAAUACAGAGGUCAGAUGAUAUCACCAUUGACAGCACAGCCUCUGUUAAGUGUCGACGACGAGGCAAAUGUCCUGUUUUAAUGGACACUGAUCAGAAAUCCGACGAUAGUGCUACUUCCAAGGGUCGUAAGCAACCAACCGAAAGCCAAGUGUUCUCUGGGAAAACCGUUCCACGUAAACAUUGUAUAGUCUCGCCAAGUGUAUCAGAGGAAGGAGAUGAAGAAUCAGAGCCCAAGAAGCAGCAUGUAGAAACAUUUGCCAAGGAGCUUGUGAUGACAUCGGACGAAGCUUCUUUCAAGAACCGGCGUCUCCCAAAGGGUUACUUUUAUGUUCCCGUUGAUUGUCUGCAAGAAGACAAGCUGGGCAACAAGAAGGCGGAUUCAUCUGAUAAGCCAAUCAACCAAACUGUGCCUUACGGUGAGUGUGAGAUUUGAGAGAAAAGAAGAAAAAGGCUCAUUUUAGAUUCUGUUUGACCUUUUAUAAAGAGGUAGUAUCAGUCAGUUGAUUAUGUUUGUAUACAGCAGCUUACGUAAUAGGGUAGAGCAGAAGUGUAAAUAUUCUUCAAUUUUUUCUAAAAUUUCUUUAGUUAUGCAUACUAAAUUAAA